AUGAUUCACCGUUUGCUGUCGUUUGUCUUCAUUCUCUUGUGUCUGGCGUCGGAAAGUAUGGUCACCGGCUUUGUUCCAUCGCCCACAGCAACGGCUACCACGAAACAUGCUCUUCACGCCACCAAGAAUAAACUGCGAUCUAAGUCGAACGAUAAGGAAAUUAAACAAGACAGGGACAAUAGAAUGGUAAAGACUGAGGACUUGCAGUACACCAAGGACACGAUGAAAAUGGUGGACAAGAAGAAGAAGAAACAAAUGGUGGACAAACAACAACGACAAGUCGACCCCUCCUCCCAGCUGCAGUCCCUCGAUAAGUAUCAUUUUACGACCAAGAGCAACAAGGAACUCAUUUUUGACGAACGCACUGGUCGAUUCUUUGAAACCUCGAUUCGUCCUGGCAGUCUGCAUCAGCUUUGGCAAGAGUAUUUGCACGAAGGUGAAAAGGACGACGACGACGAAGCUAUCAUGAUGAUGGACCAACGAGCUCCACCAGCUGCUGCCUUUUCUUCCAACGAUAUGAUUUCAACCGAAAUUCUUUUUGGAACUCCUGGAUCAUCGUCCAAUUCAUUAUUGCCACUCCUACUAGCAGAAGACGACGAAGAAGAAUGUCUAGUAGUGCACACUCCCUACCAAGAUUCUUGUGAGCCAGCUCCAUGGAAUGACGACGAGAAAGAAAUUACCAGCAGCAAGAAAAAAAAGCGAAAGGGACCAAAAACCAUGAAUGAUAAUGAUGAUACCUGGUCACCUCUAACCAUUGUAGAAGAAUGCUACAAGGCUUGGAAUCAACGAGAUAUGGUUGCUGUUUCCAAGUGUUUCGUCAAGGAGAAUCUGGAAUAUCGCGACUACCAGUAUUUAGGCGCAAUGACAAAUCGUCAACAAGUGGAGGAGCACUUUACGCAACAAGCCAAUCUAUUGCCUCGCAAUUGUCAAAUUGUUUUGGAUCAUUUGGCGUACAAUGUGGAAACCAACAAGAUUGCCACCCAAUGGCACGUGGCUCGUCGCGAUGGAUCUACGGUCAAGUUUACCAAAGGAUGUUCGUUUUAUACUUUGGACCAAAGAUCCGGUCUCAUUCAAAGUGGCUACCGGGUGAGUGAAAUGGUGGUCAAGCCCAAUCGGGACGUCGUCAAUGCCUUGUUGUCUCGAGCACCAACACAACGUUCGGGAUCUACGGCUACUACUCCUGCAAAAACUGCUGGUCAAGAUGACUCGUCGUCGUGCAUCGUCCAAAGGUACUUUGAUGCUUGGAACCGGCGAGACAUGGAGGCUGCCUUGGAGUGUCUAGAUGUUGAUUGUGUCUACCAAACCGAAGAUUCCGUCUUUUGUGGGACCUUGCAAGGCAAAGAGGACAUUCGAGAGCAUUUGAUUCAAAAUGCAAACGUCUUGCCGGCGUCUGCAAAGAUUGUGCUGGACGAUUUGGCGGUGGAUACUAGCCGUAAUAAUUUUGCUGCUGCUACUGCUGCUGUCAGUAGUAUUGGAACGACAAUUGGAAGCCGAUGGCACCUGGAAGUCAAUGGAGUUGCACUGCCCAAUUUGCAGGGUUGUUCCAUGUACACGACAGAUCCUGAUACUGGAAAGAUCAUCACUGCUUUGGAGAUUACGGAAGCUCCUGUCAAGUUACCAAGGGAAGCCUUGCCGUUGUUCUGGGCACCAGCAGUAGCCCUUUUUGAUUGGAAUUGA